UGCUCACCGUCGUCGGCUUUCUGUUCCAAUUUCACGGGCUUCGUCCUUCUGCCCGAUAAUCGGGGCAUAAAAGCCUGCUCCCCGCCAGUCAUGGCUUGUUCGUUUCUUUUUUUUUUUCUCCGACCAGGCCAUCCCUUUCUCUUCCUUACCCAACCGCGCAGCGCUCGUAGACGCGCUCUCGCCGUGGUUCUUUUCCUCCCUUCUUCCACCAUGUCCCACUACUACGAAGGGGACAAACCCUCGACGGGGGUGCCCGUUCCCGUCCAGCUGUCAGCUGCUGACGAGGAUGAGCAGCCCACGAUGAGUCCCAUCAAGUACAUGACCACUCGUCUUACAACCUUGGUGCCUCCUAUGAACCCAGCUCCCAAUCCAUUCAAAGCGCUCAUGCUCCUCAAUCGGAAGCAAUGGCUCUUUUUUGGGGUUGCUUUUGCCGGCUGGACUUGGGAUGCCUUCGAUUUCUUCACCGUGUCCUUGACUGCCACCGAUCUUGCAAAGACAUUCGACAAAUCCGUCACCGACAUCACCUGGGGCAUCACCUUGGUGCUGAUGCUCCGCUCCGUGGGCGCCAUUACCUUUGGAGUCGCUGCCGAUCGCUGGGGUCGCAAGUGGCCCUUUAUCGUUAAUAACCUCUUGUUUGUCGUAUUGGAACUGGGUACGGGUUUCUGUCAGACCUACAAACAAUUUUUGGCUUGUCGCGCUCUCUUUGGAAUCGCCAUGGGUGGGUUGUACGGCAAUGCCGCGGCGACCGCGCUCGAGGACUGUCCCAUGGAGGCGCGCGGUAUCGUGUCUGGCUUGCUGCAGCAGGGAUAUGCGUUUGGAUACUUGCUGGCUACCGCAUUUGCACGCGGCCUAGUCAAUACCACCUCUCAUGGGUGGCGACCGCUCUACUGGUUUGGGGCCUGUCCGCCCGUGCUAAUCAUCAUCUACCGGAUGUUCCUGCCGGAGACCGAUACUUUCCUUCAGCGCCAGGCCACUCGAGAGCAUGUUCGCGGUGGAGUGACUACAACAUUCUUGUCCGAGGGUAAUACGGCCUUGAAGAGACAUUGGCUGCUUCUGAUCUAUCUGGUCUUGCUCAUGGCUGGCUUCAACUUCAUGUCUCACGGCUCCCAAGAUCUCUACCCAACCAUGCUUGAAAACCAAUUCAACUUCUCCGCCGAUGCCGUUACUGUUACCCAGGUCGUCGCCAACCUCGGCGCCCUGACCGGAGGUACUACGUGCGGCUGGGCCAGUCAGAUCUUUGGUCGCCGCUUCUCCAUCGUCUUCAUUUGCAUUAUUGGCGGCGCGCUCCUCUACCCCUACACUUUUGUCACGAACCACAGCGUUAUGGCCGCUGCCUUCUUUGAACAAUUCUGCGUGCAAGGCGCAUGGGGUGUCAUCCCCAUCCACCUGAUGGAGCUGUCGCCGGGUGCUAUCCGCACCUUCGCGGUGGGUACGGCCUACCAGCUGGGCAACCUCGUCUCGUCGGCUAGUUCGACGAUCGAGUCCACGAUCGGGGAACGGUUUCCCUUGCCCCCCACAGAGGAGGGUACCAAGCGGUACCAGUAUGGCAAGGUCAUUUGUAUCUUUAUGGGCUGUGUGUAUGGAUAUACGAUCUUGGUGACGCUGAUCGGCCCCGAGCGCCUAGGUCGCAAGUUUGAUGUCGCGCAUGAUGGUGAUAUGGCGGUCGUGGCGGCACAACGGGGAACGGAUGGGGAGGUGGAGGUAGAGGGUGAUCCAGAGAAGGGCACGUCGAGGAUGGUGGAGGGUUGAUUCGAUCUGUUGAUUAGCUGUACUGCUGAUGAUGUUAUGAUGUGAUGAGAAGAGUGAUAUUCAUUAUGUUAUAUAGCCGAUCGCAAUGCAUGAGAUUAUACGCUAUGUU